CGUUGCCCGGAUCAGUGUAAUAGAACUCCCUCAUUGAUUGUCGCUCGGGAAAGAAGCUGGGUUGGGUCCACGGAAUUUCAUACAGAGCCAGUUUUCUGCAACUGCACCACGCAUUUCUUUAGCUUUUUCAUAUUAACAUAAGCUUGAGGUACAUGCAUCGCUUAUUUUUAACAAGUAGUUAGCUAGUGCCGAUGGUUUGAACCAAUUUAAAACAGAGUCGGUAACCUAUCGUGCAUUCAUUUUCGACGAAAGCAAAACGAGUGCGAAUGACGAGAACGCAUUAGCUAAACUGGUUUUCAAUAGGUUUUCAACCUAACUAGCUAUCUGAAAUAUAACCAGACAUGGACGACAAGUCAUUCACUAAGGAAUUGGAUGGGUGGAUUGAGCAACUCGGCGAAUGCAAGCAGCUCUCGGAAAACCAAGUGAAAGCCCUUUGCGAGAAGGCCAAAGAGAUCCUGACGAAGGAGUCUAAUGUGCAGGAGGUGAGAUGUCCGGUCACCGUGUGCGGAGAUGUCCACGGACAGUUCCAUGACUUGGUGGAGCUGUUUAAAAUCGGAGGGAAGUCUCCGGACACCAACUACCUCUUCAUGGGAGACUAUGUGGACAGGGGCUACUACUCUGUCGAGACAGUCAGCCUCCUGGUAUCUCUCAAGGUGAGGUACCGUGAGCGAAUCACCAUCCUCCGAGGGAACCACGAGAGCAGACAGAUCACCCAGGUGUACGGCUUCUACGACGAGUGUUUAAGGAAAUACGGAAACGCCAACGUCUGGAAGUACUUCACAGACUUAUUUGACUACCUGCCCCUCACUGCCCUGGUAGAUAACCAGAUCUUCUGUCUCCACGGUGGACUGUCCCCCUCUAUAGACACACUGGAACACAUCAGAGCGUUGGAUCGCUUACAGGAAGUUCCUCAUGAGGGUCCGAUGUGUGACCUGCUGUGGUCAGACCCCGAUGACCGUGGCGGCUGGGGCAUCUCUCCCCGCGGUGCCGGCUACACCUUUGGACAAGACAUCUCGGAGACCUUCAACCAUGCUAACGGACUCACCCUGGUCUCCAGAGCUCACCAGCUGGUCAUGGAGGGUUAUAACUGGUGCCAUGACCGUAACGUAGUGACUAUCUUCAGUGCACCCAAUUACUGCUAUCGCUGUGGAAACCAGGCCGCCAUCAUGGAGUUGGAUGACACACUCAAGUACUCCUUCCUUCAGUUUGACCCCGCCCCUCGCAGAGGAGAGCCCCAUGUGACCCGCCGUACUCCUGACUACUUCCUGUAAAAGAUCUCAAUGCGUGUAAAGCUGUAGAAUCUUCUUAGUCAACGUGAAGGAGAAGGUGGGGAAAAGGGAGCAACCGACCAUCGGUAUAGAGUUGUGACAAAUUCAGCAUCCAUGGACCAAAAAGUGUGCCAUAAUUUCACAAUGCAAAAAAUGUGAGGGGGGGGGGUUUCUGAUUCAACUUUAAAGAAGACCACACAGCCUACACCCACCACAGUCCACUUCCUACCCUCUCUCUGCAUGUUGUAUUUAUGUCUCUGAAAAGGAUUCUUCAUUAUAAAGACUACAGUAUAUAUAUAUAUAGUUAAAAGGGUGCCAUUUUGGAAGGAGCCAGUCUCACAGUACCUGCUGGUUUUGUCAGGUAAAAUAUCUGCUUUGAAUGAAUGCAUCUGCUGAGAUGAAUGCUUAAAUGUAACCCUUGUGUUAGGAGCGUAAUUAAGAUAUAGAAUGGUUUGCCAGAACUAAACUCGGCAUGGCCUCCAACUGGAUGUUUGUGGUAAACAUGAUACGUUGUGACAUUGUUUCAAACAGAAAUUCAAUGGCUUUUUUGUGUGUGUGAAUUUAAAUCACUGUUUUCAGGGUUGGGUGGAAUUUAAUUCUUUGUUUGCACUUUUGUAUUUAAUUUUUUUAUCACAUGACACUGACAAACUACAGCAUUCUGUUUUAUAUUUCACCCCCAGAAAAUAGUGUUUCUGUCACUCACCUGUCACUGUGACUGACAUCUAUUUCAGUAAGAAAUACCUGUACAAAAUUAUAUCCCUUGUUAUACACUGAACAAAAAUAUAAAUGCAACAUGUAAAGUGCUGGUCCCGUGUUUCAUGAGCUGAAAUAAAAUAUCCCAGAAAUGUUCCAUAUGCACAAAAACCUUUUCUCAAAAAUGUUGUGCACAUUUUGUCCAUGGUCAAGAUAAUCCAUCCACCUGACAGGUGUGGCAUAUUAAACAGCAUGAUCAUUACAGAUGCACUUUGUGCUGGGGACGAAAGGCCACAGUUAUGUCAUAACACAAUGCCACAGAUGUCUCAAGUUUUGAGAGUGUGCAAUUGCCAUGAUGAAUGCAGGAAUGUCCACUUCUCUGCCGUAAACUGCCUCAAGAGGCAGUACGUCCAACCGGCCUUGUAACCACGCCAGUCCAGGACCUCCACAUCCGGCUUCUUCACCUGCGGGAUUGUCAGAGGGAGGGGUGCUGAGUAUUUCUGUCUAAUAAAUCCCUUUUGUGGGGAAAACAUCCUGAUAGGCUGAGCCUGGCUCCCAAGUGGGUGGACCUAUGCCUUCGCAGGCCCAAUCAUGGCUGCAUCCCUGAACAGUUGUGAAAUCCAUAGAUUAGGGCCUAAUUAAUUAUUUCAAUUGACUGAUUUCCUUAUGAACUGUAACUCAGCAAAAUCUUUAAAAUUGUUGCAUGUUGCCUUUAUAUUUUUGGUUUAGUAUAGAUACGUCUCUGCUAUACAAUAAAGAUUGAAGUUGCUCCUU